AUGGGAGGACACCAGGGUGCAGACCUCUUGGCUGUGGACAAGUUUCAACGGUGGGGCAACCACGAGACUUGGAAGGUGCUGGAUCCACCAGCAGACGGAUCGCUUUUGACCGUGCAGUGCAGUAUUGAUCAUCUACAUGAUGUGCUUCCGGGCGAUGACGGAAAGCAUUGCCAGUGUCAAGGUCAUGUGGUUCGCGGAAGUUCAUUUAGUUCUCAGCUCCCAACGUCGCUGCAGCAGGUUGACUUCAACCAGGCGGCAAUGGAGAACGCUGACUGGGUUUUUUGCUCAAAUCAAUGGCAAGAGUGCCAGUGCAACAAUGCAGUCAGGUGGGGACAUGACCAAAAGUGGACUUUCAUCAGCCCCCAGAAGCCCGAGCAGAUUUUCACGGUCAAGUGCGAUGUGCACACUCUUGGAGAUCCUGUGCCAGGUGAAGAUGGGAAGCAUUGCCAGUGUCUGGUGAAACACGGGAGCCUCUUCGAAAAACAGCUGAACCCGAUGCUUCUAAAUGAGCAAGUGGCCGACAAGGGCGGUUCUCGCUUCAUUGCCUCGUGCGAGAUCUUUGAGGCCGCAAAAAGCCGAGGGCCGAAGGACCAAGCUCUAUGGGAAGCGGUGGAGCCUUUCUGUUCCAAAGCAUGGGAGGAGCGAGCUGCCCAGGAUGAGGCAUUUGCGGCCGGACCUCACAGGCUUGCCUUCAGUUCCAUGCAGAAGCUCAUGCAGGCACGGCUGGAUGCUCGAUUCGCAAAGAAUUACGAUCGCCUGGUGGACAAGGAUGGGUGGCUGCCAAGGGCAUUCGUCAACUAUUAUGCAGGCGCACCAGGAAGCAAGCAUGCAAAGAUGACGGAGCAGUUGAUUCGUUCUGUGCACAUGUUCUCCCAAGCUCCCAUCGUUGUCCUUCACUUGGGAAGCCGAACCCCCGACUCCUGGACAGCCGAGCGCUUUCCACGCUUGUUGCUUGUACAUGCUGCACCUAUGGAGCCCGAUGCACACCGAAGCUUCAAUUUCAACAAGUUGAGAUCCUUCCUGAUCUCUCGGGCCGUCACAGGCGUGGAAUUGGAUUCUGAUCAGUUUGUGGGGCCAGGAGUUGAUUACAUGUUUGAUAUGAGCGAAAAGGAGAUCACGCAAGAGACUCCUCUUCCAAUUCUGCCGGUGCAUUUCUACAGCUUCACGCAGGCGGAUACGCCGAACAAUGUGUGGUGGCAGCGCUACUGUCCUGACCCCCCUGCCUGCAAGCACCACACCAUGCGAUGGAGCCACGCCCAUCCCACAUGGACCUUCUACUCGCUGCCUUUCUUUGGACGCUGGCUCCGCCGCCACUUCAGAGACGAGAAACUGCCUGCUGUGACGGACGAAGCUGGUGAAUUGGCUGCCCUGGCCGUGGCCAAGAUUCCAGAGGACGAGGACCUGCUGAACGUAGCGACCUGGGAAGAGAAGGGGACGAAGCAGUGGUGCAAGUUCGACAACGAUUAUCAUGAGUUUGCUGACAUGCUGAGCUGGAGCCCUCAGAAGGGAGAUGCAACAAGCACUGGGGACAUUGCCAACGAUCCAAAGUUCUACCCUCGCGGUGCAGCCAAGGCCUUCUGGACGGCGCACAAUUGCAAGGACCCAGACGCAACAGCCAAGAUGCUUGACGAGAUCGAGAAACGGUGGAAGCAGGGUCUGUACCCGACAUCCACCAUCACGUACCAGGGCCGCUUCUGGUCUUCGGGAGCUGCGCUCCGGGAGGCCCACCCGGAGCUGCCGUGCAUCUUCUAA